AGAAGAAGAAUAAACUGAUUCAAUUCAGUAAAUGAAUGGAAUAAUCUUUUUUUAUUAUUAUUACUGUUAUGUUUAAUAGGUCUGACAGUGUGUGACAGCAACUGUGACAAACGGAGUGAUUGACGUGCCGCAUGUGCAUGUCCGGCUAAAUCAUUAACGACAGCAAACCAGUGCUAAUGAUAACAUUAAUAAAUGCAUGAGUUUUAGAUUUGCCUCUGAUAAAUGACGACAGACUAGAAACAGACGAGGCAUCACCUUCUUGGGGGAGAUCUCAAAUUCCACGUCACGCUAAAUAAUGAAUUAAUAUCACUGAAUGGGAGCAGGGAACGGUUAACCUCAGCUCCCCACCCCUCCUCGCUGAAAUCACUCUGCGAGGGAAGCCAAUCAGCAUCAGCCACUCCCACAGGCCCCUCCUCCUCCUCUCUGUGGUUAUAUAGUCUGCGGACGUCGGCAUCACAACACACACACACUCGCACACACCGUGCUCCUCCUGCUGCUGCUGCGUGCAGCUCGAGAGAUGAAGCUGCACUGACAGAAUUCACCCAUUCAUGGGCAGUGGAAAAACAUGGUAUGUGCCGGCAAGUGUUGAGAGCACCAACAACAACAACAGUAACAACAGUAGCAGCAGCAGCAGCCAGCCUGGCUUUGACAGCACCAGAAGCGGCUUCAGAGAAACCCCUCUAAGCAGCACAAGCACCAGCAGCAACAAUCAGACAAACACUGAGAGCAUCACUGCCACCAGCCUUUUUUGAGUCGUUAUCCAAGGACAGGAGCUCCGAGAUGGGUUGUUCUUCAGGCCGCCAGCCCCCGGCCCCCGUCCUCCACCCGGACCUGGACUGCAGCAACAACAGUGAGGCCAACACCUUACCCCAGGACUCUGAGAACCAGAAUCAGGGCUUGAACGGCCUUGGAGAAGGGGAGAGGAGCAUCGGAAGAGACUCGGCCAAACCUCCAGAGUCUCUCCCGACGCUGGAGCGGCUUGCCCAGGCUACAGGUGGCACAGAGAAGUCCUGGUACCGCUGUGUGUUUCCUUUCGGGGUGAUAUCGCUGGUGAUCGGCAUGGCAGGCACCGGCGUGACGUUCACGUUCAACACGCUGCCCCAGACCAAAGUGGUGUCGGUGGCGCUGCUGUGCGUCGGCAUACUGAUGCUGCUCGUGGCCGCCGUUUGCUGGAGGGCGCACAGACAGAGGAGGAGGAAAAAGAAGGAAGGCGGAUUCUUCACAGCUGAUCAGGGCACUUUGUGAUGGAGGGUGGACUUUGUUGGUCCAGACAGGGAACUUCAGGUUGGACUUUUUGAUUGAGAAAGACAAACUGAUUAAGAUGCAAUGAGUGCUGCUCACGAGGGCAUAGUUUUGAAGUCUGUGACUGUGAUUCAGUGUUCAGAAAAAUGCCGACUUAUCAAAAGGCAUCAUCUCCAAACUGAGCAAACACAAAGGGUAUGUGUCUCACUUAAAAAAAACAAAAAAACAACAACUCCCUCCCCUUUUAGCUGGGCAUCCAGUGUAGCACAGAGGCCAGAGCAAAUUAUAGAAGAUCAUUGCUCCAAGGCUGGGCUCAGCCUGGUGUCAGGGGAGAUGGCUGAGAGGUUGGCAUCAUCUCAGGAAUAGUUAUUUAACACCUCCUGUGCACAUUCCCCCUCAAAAGUGCCAGACAGGCGGCACAACACACAGAUCAUUUCAACCGAGAACAUCUGCAUCAGCUUAUUUUCAGAGUGAUCAGAGUCACAUUCAGUGGGUUUGUAGUGACGAUACUCUUUCCUGGCAAGGAAACUGUAUCCAAAAGUUUGGUCCACUGUAGCUUGCAGAAGUAAACGGCACACGAUCUUCAACCUUCCCUUGAAAACUGCAUAACCACUGCUGAAGUGCGCUUUUCACACAUAUCCUACUUAUAGCGUCCCGCUGUUACAGUGCCGCUGCUCUGUAGUGAAAGCACCAGGUAGCAGUGAGAGGUGGUAAACGACAGGGAAGCGCAGAGACUGACUGAGGCAAGAACGGGCCAAGAGAGAGCGGUAACAUGCUCGACAUCUUUCUGUGUUAUGUUCCUCGUGUUUCUGUCUGCAGUCCAAUUUAGCAUUAGCGGGCAUAAAGGUCAACCUUUUUCGCCUCCCUGCCACCAAACUGUGUGGUGGAUAAACAAAGUCCAACUGUGCCGGAUCAAUAGAAAUCACCGCUCUGUGGAGAAAUCAAGCCUUCGAAGGGAAUCGGAUACAUUUCUACUCUCUGUGGACUAAAUUGCUCUCCUCUCUAAGCACUUUUAGACUCACGAGGUGUAAACACAAGCAAAAAUCCCUUCACGGACUUGGUUCAUUCUGGCAUGUAACUGAUUCCUCUGAUCGUGAGAGCAGAGGCAGGGAGAAAUAAAAUCUAUUUCUCUUUGUUUCCAGCAUUACCAGCUCUUGCACAUAAAAGGGUUUUCCCCGUGAUUGUUUAUGGAAGAGACUGGACGUGAGAAACGGACAUUAAGUUAACUCUUCCCUGUGCGCAGGAGGCUUAACCAGAUUCAAACCCCGUCAUAAAUCAAGUUAGCUCUCCUCCCUCUUCUUCGUUCGAGGGGCCAAAAUGUAGCAAGUGGCUUAAAUACGUUAGCACUAAUAUGCAUGGUUCGAUGAGGUAUUUGGGGGAAGACCCGGCAGCUUUUUUGUCCGCUGUAGCAACAUUCCUGUAUUUGACUGAUGAUAUCAGAUAAUGUUUACCGGGGCAUCACAAGUGGGUCCAAUUUCUUUUUUCUAGUGCAGUUACAAUGCGGGAAGUGUCUUCACUUCACAUUUCUCCUUGAUUAUCCAGUUUUACAGGGUGCUUUCACUGUUUGCUCAUGGAAAAAGAUAGAGAUUAUUAUCUUGAGUAAUCCCUUGCGGUGUUGAUGUGUUCAUGUGUGCACGUACAUUACAGUACUGUGCAGAAGUCUUAGGCCACCAGGUUGGAUUAUGCUGUAAAUGAGCGUAUGGUAUAAUUUGUUUUUAUCAAUCACAUCGGCAGAAAAUACAGAGGGAAAACAGCUUCUACAAGUUAGAGUGUCACAUAUUUAGUGACCUACACUGAAAAUUAGCAAAACCCUGGCUCUACAUGGAGUGGAACACCUCAGCCUAUAAAUCUUCGUCUGGUAUUUUUUUGCUUAUUUUAACCAUAAAAGGGCCAGAAAAUAUCCUGUA